CAUCAACUUCAACAUCAACCAUUUGUCAUUUGUCACCCAUUCAACCAUAAUAGAAAAAUGGUUUCUUGGAGUGGAUUAGGUCGAUCUUUUGGCAUCAAUUUAUUUAAAAACAAGUUAAUACCUUUUAAAGGACAAAAUGUGAAUUUUUCUACCAGCAAAAUAUUUAACGGUGAUCAUGGCCAUAAGGUUAUGGCACUACAACCAUCGAGAUGGCAAUGGCACAAAUUCAAGGACAUGUUCCAUUACUAUGCAAUGGUCGGCUUGAUUCCCGUGACUGCAAUAAUUUUUUACACCAAUGUUUUUAUUGGUCCCGCUCAACUGGAACCAAUUCCUAAGGAUUACACUCCAAAAUAUUGGGAGUAUCAUCGUCACCCAAUAACGAGGUUUAUUGCUCGCUAUAUCCACAAUGAUCCACAGCAGGAUUAUGAAAAAUUCAUGCACUUCAUUGAUGAAGAGCAUCAAAAAAUGAAACUCCGUGCUUUGGAGAAGGAAAUAGUUAAGAAAAUGUCUGAACGCCAAGACUAUCAAGCAUAUUACUAUAGACCGAUGGUCAACAAAUACCUACGUAUAAACAAACAAGUUGGUGACGAAAUCUACAACCGUCUUGGUGAUGAUGUUAAAGAUUAAAACAACUUGGAGCUUGAACCCGGUGUAGAUGUAUUUAGUGAUCAAGUGUAUCCUGCAAUGUGCUCUUGUAGAUAAAUAAAAGUUUUAUUGUUUAAUUAUAUUUAUUCUGAAUACCUUAGUUCAUGUUUGUUGUGAAUAUAAAACCAAAAAUAAA